AUGGGUUACCUUGAUAAAAUCGGUGUUGAUCCCAAUGGCAACAGAAUAUGCAUAUCUGAUGCCGAGAACAAAUAUGACCGGUUUCCAGAAGACACAAAGCUACGCCUACGUGAUCUUAUGAUGGGCAUAGGGACAACGCAACAUGGCAAAACCUCCGGCGAUCUGCGGAGUAUCCUUGUUCAAAAUACUGUGGAUGAGGAUAUACAGAAAGGUCGGGAGGAGGUAUACACCAUCAUGGAGGAGUCCGACAAAUCUAAAACAAUAACCAUCAGAGCUGAUAGUUCUAAGAAGGAAAAUUUGCUUUUGGCCAUGGGUGCGUCACAUGCUGGAGUACAAGGGUCUCAAGGGUAA